ACCGGAAGUUACAGAGCAACUGAAACUGUUAUGACUCUUUGAAUAGGCAGCAGCUGAAAGUGCCUCAAACAUCAACAAAAUACGUCAGAAACUACAAAACUGCAGUCAUCACCGAAGGGAAGACAAACCUCAUGCAGUUUUCCCGCAGGUGGAGGUUUGGUUGGGGCAGGUUCAGUGAGAUAGACCUCUUCACAGAUCGCCAUGAAAACAAUGCAGAGACUCUCAGCCAGGCCAUCAGAGCUGCAGCGUCUGAGGAGCCCGAUGCAGACGGCAGCGUGCUGUUCGGCCAGCUAAAGGGAACCGUGGUCGGCCUGAGAUAUUACUCAGGCGUGGUGAACCGAGGGGAGAUGGUUGGUUUAGUGCGGCAGCCUCAGAAUCCAUAUGACCGCAACGCCGUGAUGGUUGCCAACAUUUACGGAAAUCAAGUGGGACACAUCAAGAAGGAGCUGGCAGCAGCAAUGGCUUAUGUCAUGGACAACAACUUAGCUAAAGUAGAAGGGGUGGUGUACUGUGGGACGAAAAACACCUACACCAUGCCAGUGAUGCUGUCCUUCUGGGGAAAAGAAGAGAAUAAAAAUUCUGUACUGGAACAUAUGACACGGCGAGGAUACAAGCUGAAUACAGAGGGAAGCAUCCUGAAAGGCGCAAAUCAGCAGUGGUCUACUAGUCAAGCUGCUUAUGCAUUUUCAUCUAAAAAAGGUGUGACCAUCCCACUAAGUGCAGAGGAGCUAAAGAAUGCAUUUGAUAACCUGUUUGAAGGGUUGAUGGAGAGUAGGGAUGGAGAGAAAGAAGCUGUUGAGGCUGUGGCUACUCCCCUCCUGCUCCAUCAGAAGCAGGCGCUGUCCUGGAUGUGCGCUCGAGAAAACAAAGCUGCUCUUCCACCAUUCUGGGAGAAGAGAGGCGAGCUCUACUACAACACCCUCACGUGUUUUUCUGCCAAAGAGAUACCGGAGAGGGUUCGUGGAGGGAUACUGGCAGAUGACAUGGGGCUGGGUAAAACUCUCACAGUAAUUGCACUGAUUCUCACCAACUUUCACAAAGGAAAGCCACUGCCUGUGGAGAAAUGUGAGGGGCAGACUUCACCCAUUAAAGCUAAAACUGUACCACAAAUGGCCCUCAAACUGGAAGGAAGCAGCGUGGCAGGUGGAGCUGGAGUGAGUGGUGCAUCAGGGGGUUCUAACCUUACCCAGGGAGAGGUGAUCUGUGUUGAUACACUAGUGGAGGCAGCAGAUAAGGCAGAGAAAAGCAAGAGCAAAGAGAAGAUGAAAGCCACCAAGAGAAAACCAAAGGCCUCGGUGUUGUUCGAGGAUCUGGACUUUGCUGCAGCGCUGAGUGGCUCAACAUCUGACACAAGCUCAAAGAAGAAAAAAACAGACAAAAAGUCCAAUCUCAUGCAGAGCGUAGGUGCUGAAUCCUCCACCGCUGAGAGCACAGAUGACUUAUCAGCAAGAACAACUCUCAUCAUCUGCCCGCUCUCUGUGCUCAGCAACUGGCUGGACCAAUUUGAGCAGCAUGUGGACCCUACCGUGAAGUUAAAUGUGUAUUUGUAUUAUGGUUCCGAGCGCAACAGGAGUAAAAAGUUUCUGUCCUCUCAAGAUGUGGUGAUCACCACGUACAAUGUCCUCUCUUCUGAUUUUGUGAAUAAGAGUCCCCUCCAUGAAAUCAGCUGGCUGAGGAUUGUGCUGGAUGAGGGACACAUCAUAAGAAACCCAAAUGCACAGAUGAGUAAGGCUGUACUUGGCCUGAAAGCUCAGAGACGUUGGAUUCUUUCAGGUACUCCUAUCCAGAACAGUGUGAAGGAUCUGUGGAUGCAGGUGGCUUUCCUGCGUCUGAAGCCCUUUGAUGUGAGAGAGUGGUGGAACCGAGUGAUCCAGAGACCUGUUACAUAUGGAGACAGGGCCGGCCUGCAGAGCCUUCAGACACUAGUGAAAUGCAUCACCCUGAGACGGACCAAGAACAGUGAGGUGAACGGGCGCCCUCUGGUGUCACUGCCUGAGAAGACAGUCUACAUGGAGCAAGUUGAGCUCAGCCCGCCAGAGAGGGAGGAGUACGAGCUGGCACGCACUGAAGGAAGAAAGACAAUUGGCAGAUAUGUUGCUGAAGGGACAGUCUUGAGGAAUUAUGCUGAUGUGCUUGCCAUUCUGAUGAGGCUCCGACAACACUGCUGCCACCCUGACCUGCUGGCAAAGACCUCUUCAGAUUUAGGGGGUGCAGCAACACCAGCAGAGCUGCGGGAGCGUCUUAUAGAAAAGCUGCGGUUGGUGCUGGCCAGCGGCUCUGAUGAGGAGUGCUCUGUGUGUCUGAAUUCGGUCCAGCUGCCCGUCAUUACACACUGUGCCCACGUAUACUGCCGGCCAUGCAUCGCCCAGGUCAUCAGCACUUCAGGAGAGGAGAUGGCGCGCUGUCCCCUGUGCCGAGGUGACAUCAAGACCAGUGAACUGGUGGAGUUUCCACAAGAAGAAAUGGAAGAAGACAAUAGUACAAACUCUGAGAGGUGGAGGACAAGCUCAAAGGUGCAAGCACUCAUGGGAAACCUGCUCAGGCUGCGAUGUGAAGACAGCAGCAUUAAGUGUUUGGUUGUUUCUCAGUUUACACGUUUCCUCACCAUCUUAGAGACUCCACUCAGAGAGCAUGGCUUCAGUUUUGUGCGUUUGGAUGGCACAAUGAACCAGAAGAAAAGGACCCAUGUCAUCCAGGAAUUUCAGAGCUCUGCGACCGGCAGCCCUGCCAUCAUGCUCCUGUCACUCAAAGCUGGAGGAGUGGGGCUUAACUUGACCGCUGCCUCUCAUGUUUUCCUCAUGGACCCUGCAUGGAACCCAGCUACUGAAGAGCAGUGUAUUGACCGCUGCCACCGUUUGGGCCAGAAGCGGAAAGUUGUUGUCACUAAGUUCAUUGUGAAGGAUUCCGUAGAGGAGAAAAUGGUGAAGAUCCAGAGGAAGAAGCAGGACCUGAUAGAGAAGGCAUUCGGUUCCACAAACACCGACAGGAAGACGACUCGCAUCGAUGACAUCCUAGCUCUGAUGGAACUGUAGCCGUGCGACGCUGAACUUGAACUGAUGUCAACACGAGUUACAAACAGUGAUUUGCAUUUGAACUGUAACCAUCCAUUUUUCUGUAUGUUUUUUAGGGCCAGGCAGAAUUUUUGUUGAUGCUAAAUAUGCUCGCAUUUUUUUAAGUCAGCAUUUUGAGACUAAUUUGCAGGGUGUACCACUUGGCAACCAUUCAUAUUAUUCAGCUGAGAUGUUUAGCAACUGCUAGUCUCGAUUUACAUGUUUUUACAAGUCAAUGACGUGCUGAUAAGUGGAAGUGGCUGAUAAAGAGAGUAAGGUUAACAGUUAACUGAGGCGAAAGUUGGACCAAUUACCUACCUUGUAGCAGUUUAACUUUUUGAGUUUUCACCAUGCAAAAUUUAACAGCCAUGAAGAUGUUCUGGAUGUUUUGAGUUUUUCUACAACUCUGAAUUAAAGAACAGCACAACACUGAUGUGGUACAUACAGCUU